AUUGCAGACCUGUUCUCACAGUUUCGUCGACAUGUCUUAAUUAUUCGACAACAAAGGCUUGAAAAAAUAAAAAAGGUUUUAAAACCUUGCGUAUCUUCUUUUCUUUUCACAAUCAAAACCAUUCUUAGGACUACGACAGAGACAUUAUUCGAGUGUGUCAGUGAUAUUGUCUGAAAUAAACCACAAUGAACGUGUAUGAGACUUUGGAGAACGACAUGUCCAAUGUUUCAGGACUAUCAGAAGAUUACAGACAAAUAAAUCAACCCACUGUUCAAGAGAGGAUCAGUGAACAAAUACAUUCUCCACAACGUACAAGUCCACGCCCAGGUGAUCAACGAAGAGACAAUAAACAACUUCUUUCUAGGCAAUUAGUAAGCCCCUUGAAUGUCAAAAGACGUGCAUAUUAUUCCGAGUUCCAGCUCUGCACAUUAGAAGAUGAGUAUCUCAAGGAUAAAUACAUAAGCAAAAAAAAGAGAAUUGAAAUUGGCACUCGACUAAAUAUAUCUGAAAGGCAAGUUAAGGUCUGGUACCAAAACAAGAGAAAUAAGGAAAAGAAGCACCGUAAGAAGUUUGGAUGCAGCUAUGACGAAUCAGAUGUCACUCACAAAGAUGACAGUGAUAAUUUGUUAAAGGAUGAAGAUCAUCAACAUCAGAUGAUGAUGUAUAGGCAACAAAUGUAUUCCCAGAUAAACCAUCAGCCACAUCAAUUCAAUACUGAAUUACCAAUGCAAAAUCAUAAUUUGUUGUCUGUAACAGAACAAUACACACCACGACAGGACUGGAGUCGAGAAAAUCAAGAAACUCCAAUUGCGGCAAUGCAAAGCAUACCAGAACUGCCCUCUCUCGCAUUACUCCAACAAUACUACACUCAGGGGAGUGUGCCACAAGAAAAUGGUAACCCUGCAAGUACCCAACAUCCACAACAAAGCACAAGGCACGAGUUCAUGGAUGGAAAUCAUGCACCUCCAGUUGAGGAAGUGCAAAGCAUACUAGAUCUGUCCUCUCCAGCAUCACUCCAAUGGUACUACCCUCAGGGGAGUGUACCACAAGAAAAUGGUAACCCUGCAAGUACUCAACAUCCACAACAAAGCACAAGGCACGAGUUCAUGGAUGGAAAUCAUGCACCUCCAGUUGAGGAAAUGCAAAGCAUACUAGAUCUGUCCUCUCCAGCAUCACCCCAAAUUUACUACACUCAAAGAAGUAUCACACAAGAAAGUAACACUUCUGCAAGUACCCAACUGCGACCGAACAAUUUUAUUUGGAAACCACUUAUGGAGUUGGGUAAUCAUCUGGUUUCUCCCCCAUUAUCAUCAUCAUCAUCGGCUGAAGAAGUGACCUUCAGUCAGGAGACACGGAUGGAUGAUCUCACUUAUAUACCAAAUCACUGGCCAACUACUUCAGUUCAUGAUGUACAAAAUAUUUCACCUCGAUCUUCCCCGGAUGUGGGUCGUGACGUUUUAUCUUCAGACGAGGAUUUUGGACGAUAAUACGAAUUUACCCAUGACAACAAUGCUAAAUGCAUAAUGAGGAGAUGGACGAAGGAAGGACAUUAAAUCCUGUAUAUUGUUAUUUAAAUUCUGUGAUCUAUAUAUUAUUGUCGACUUGUGACAGUAUAUUUUAUUUAAGAUAUUUAUGUGAUUAAUGUGUCCUAGUAAUUGUCUAAGUCUUGUAAUUAAUCUAAAAUCUUCAACAACUAUUUAUAACAAUUGGUAUAUGAUUCACAAAUCAUAUUGUAAUGUCCUAAAAGGUUUAUUAAUUGAUAAAUUACUGGUUUUUAGAGAAUUUUUAAUCAAUAUCUUAUAAAUCAUGUGUCAAGUUGUUGUAACACUCUGAAAAUUUGAAAAAAAGGUUGCUAGAUGUAGUUAAAGUUAAAAAAAUGUAUUUGACAUAUUUGUAAAGGCAUAAAGUUGUUGGUAAAUGAAGACUUAAUUAAACAAAUAACAUAACUUUUAAAAUAGACAUUCUAAUUAUAAAUAAAAAUUUAAUCAAA